AAACAUUUAAUAUAACACCAAAACAAUUGCGUGAGUGGAUUAAAAAAAAAAAAGAAUUACAAAUUGCUUCACCUUUUGUUAGACGGUUAAAUAUUAGCUCGCGCCCUAAAUAUCCGCUUUUGGAAAAUGAGCUUAAAAUUUGGAUUAGAUCCUUAUGUUUAUCUCAAAAAGUUGUAACUCAAAAUAUGUCUCGAAAUAAUAAUAGUAAUUAUAUCUACGUCAAUGUAGACAAUGUAAACGAUAGUGAAAGCAUUAUAGAUUUGACCCUAAACGAUAAUGAUGAUAAUAAUAAUGAAAAUAAUGGUGGCAGUGAUAGCUUGGACGAAGAAAACAAAAAUGACAAUAGUUGUGAGGAUGAUAAUAAAAAUAGCUCAAAUGAAGGUGGUGACUACAAUAAUAAUAACGAAGAUGAUGAUGAAAGUGAUGAAGAAUCAAAUGAAAAUGGUGACUUGAAUGAUUAA